UCACUUCCGAAAUGUUCUUGUUUUGUUACGUCACGAUCGGCCGCCCGAGACAGAAGUCGUGUCGCUUCUGGUCGUUAUUAAACGCUUCUAAUAUUCGCGUUCGGAGCAAUAACGAAAUAUCGUGACCUGGUCUUUGAAGCGGCACUGGUUUGAUAGUCAAGACUUAAGAAGCCAAGUGGAGUUCAGAGGAUCUGAGUAACUUACUCCCAAAGUUUAAACAAAUACAUGGAACAAUCAUGGCAUCACCGCAGAUGAAGGAGCGUCCAUCGGGCGUCGUGUUAAACACUAUAUCAAAAGGAGCAUCUCCAGAAUCCAAAUGCCCGAUAUGUCUGGAUCACUUCAAAAACAUAUCGUACCUAGAUGUGUGCCUGCAUAAGUUCUGCUUCUGCUGCAUCCGCGAGUGGUCGAAGAACAAAGCUGAGUGCCCUUUAUGCAAGCAGCCAUUUAAUUCAAUUUAUCACACCAUAAAGUCCGAAGAUAACUACCAGAGGUUCGACCUGCGACCAACCGAAAAUGGCUCAUUUGGCAACAUGGCAGGGCAGAGAUUCCGUUAUCGCACCACGCUCACCGGCGAGCGCAGACCAGCGGCGAGGAGAACGUCGCCCCCUCCUGACCACGGGGUCUUAUUCGAGGGCCUGAGAGGAUCUCUUCCUCAGCGGCACAAUCGAGAACUCCACGGCAUGUUAAGGAGGUUGGCAGAGGAGAGACAGAGGAGAGUGAGAGAGGGAAGGUCUCUGCGAAGUCUUCACGAGCAACAAACGGUUAAAUUCAGACGGGCCUUGUACAGGAGAGGCGUGCGGGUCCAGAACGUGGAGGACGGUGGCCGUAGCAGGGACACUUCUGCAGAGUUCUUCAGAAGAAAUCCUGCAUGUCUCCACAGGCUUGUGCCUUGGGUGAGACGAGAGCUGACUGUCCUGUACGGUACUCACGGGUCGCUUGCCAACAUAGUGCAGCACAUCAUCAUGACUCUGAUCACUCGGCAUAACUUGGACGAGCAGGCUGUUCUGCAUGAGCUCCGGCCCUUCUUGCUAACCCAUACAGAGCACUUCCUGCACGAGUUUCUAAGCUUCGCUCGGUCCCCGUUCAACAUGGAGGCGUAUGACCAGCGCGCCGUUUACGACUUGCCUCGGCUUUCCGGAGAGAGCAGACUUUCGGAAACCUCUGUGAUCGCCAUCUCUGAGGACGAGAGCGAUUCUUUAGUGUCAGGAUCCCAGGAUUAUGCCCCUCCUAGUGUGACCUUAAGCCAAGCGCCGUGGGAUGAUGAGACCCCAGGGCCAUCCUACUCCUCAGAGCCGUCUCAGGUGUUACCUUUCCAUGUGAGGGACUCGGAUUCUGAUAGUAGCGUAGGGGAGGCAGUAGUGUCUGUCGCCGCUGUGCCACAUCAGGACCGUCUGGAUAAUCCUGGCACUGUUGCUGUAGAAGAGGAGCAUUCCUCUGGCAGUGAUGAAGACUGUGUGAUUAUCGGAUUUGUUAAGCCAGUGUCAGAAAGGACACCGGAACUGGUCCUGCUUUCCUCUGAUUCAGAACAUUCCGAGGAGAAUGUAGAGCUGCAGAGCCCUCUUUUAACUUCAGAGUCUGAUCUGUCUCCCGCAGACGCUCAGAGGAGGCCGACGAGAUGCUCUCGCUCGCCUGAGAACACCUCUACUCGCUCAAGAAAAGAUAAAUGUGGUGAAAGGCAUCAUGAGAGAGAGCUGUCGGGAUCUAGAGAAGGAUCCUCACGCAGCAGUAGGACUCACUCCUCCUCUCAUGGCCGGAAGCACCCAUUGUCUAAAGAGAGCAAUCGUAAGCGGAGACGAGAAAAAAAGUCAAGUCACCACACCUCGUCAUGUUGGCAUUCAUAUAGCCAUUACAGUCAAAGAGACAGCAGCAGGAGAUGUUAUACAGAGACAUGCUCUUCCUACACCAGCUAUUACAGAAGUGUACAUCGCUCUCGUUCUCAGUCGCAUGGUAGAAGGCGAAGCAGGGACCGUCAGGACAGAAGACGCUCAAGGAGCAAUUCUAGAAUCAAGUCCAGCUCCUACAACCAUCAUGACAGAAGACACUCAAGAAACAAUUCUAGAAUCAAAUCUUCCAACCAUCAGGACAGAAGUCGUUCGAGGAGUAAUUCUAGAAUCAACUCUUCCAACCGUCAGGACAGAAGUCGCUCGAGGAGCAAUUCUAGAAUCAACUCUUCCAACCGUCAGGACAGAAAUCGCUCAAGUAGCAAUUCUAGAAUCAACUCUUCCAACCGUCAGGACAGAAGUCGCUCAAGCAGCCAAUCUAGAAUAAACUCUUCCAAUCGACAGGACAGAAGUCACUCGAGGAGCAAUUCUAGAAUCAACUCUUCCAAUUGUCAGGACAGAAGUCACUCGAGGAGCAAUUCUAGAAUCAACUCUUCCAACCGUCAGGACAGAAGUCACUCGAGGAGUAAUUCUAGAAUCAACUCUUCCAACCGUCAGGACAGAAGUCACUCGAGGAGUAAUUCUAGAAUCAACUCUUCCAACCGUCAGGACAGAAGUCGCUCAAGCAGCCAAUCUAGAAUCAACUCUUCCAACCGUCAGGACAGAAGUCGCUCAAGCAGCCAAUCUAGAAUCAACUCUUCCAACCGUCAGGACAGAAGUCACUCGAGGAGCAAUUCUAGAAUCAACUCUUCCAACCGUCAGGACAGAAGUUGCUCAAGCAGCCAAUCUAGAAUCAACUCUUCCAACCGUCAGGACAGAAGUCGCUCGAGGAGCAAUUCUAGAAUCAAAUCUUCCAACCAUCAGGACAGAAGUCGCUCAAGUAGCAAUUCUAGAAUCAACUCUUCCAACCGUCAGGACAGAAGUCGCUCGAGGAGCAAUUCUAGAAUCAACUCUUCCAAUUGUCAGGACAGAAGUCACUCGAGGAGCAAUUCUAGAAUCAACUCUUCCAACCGUCAGGACAGAAGUCACUCAAGGAGCAAUUCUAGAAUCAACUCUUCCAAUCAUCAGGACAGAAGUCGCUCGAGGAGCAAUUCUAGAAUCAACUCUUCCAACCGUCAGGACAGAAGUCACUCAAGGAGCAAUUCUAGAAUCAACUCUUCCAAUCAUCAGGACAGAAGUCGCUCAAGCAGCCAAUCUAGAAUCAACUCUUCCAACCGUCAGGACAGAAGUCACUCGAGGAGUAAUUCUAGAAUCAACUCUUCCAAUCGUCAGGACAGAAGUCACUCGAGGAGUAAUUCUAGAAUCAACUCUUCCAAUCGUCAGGACAGAAGUCACUCGAUGAGCAAUUCUAGAAUCAACUCCAGCUCACAUCAGACAUCACAUCAUGAUGAUCCUGGCAGGAAAAAGAAAUACAAAACAAAGCAUCGUGAGGAAUCCUCAAGGAAAAGUUCAAGUCAAUUGUUCACCGAUUCUGUUGAUGAUGGUGCAAAAAAGAAAAAAAAGAAGCACAAAAAGUUCAAGAGGAAAAGUAGGAGUCCAAGCAUAGAUGAAAGAUCUGAGGGUCACGGUCGGAAACAUCACAAGAAGAAGAAGAAACACAAGAGGAAGAGCAGGAGACAUAGUAAUGAGGAGAGGGUGGGGAAAAACAGCCCAGUUCUCAUUACAAUUCCUAGUGACAGUGACAAUACUGACCCCAGUGAACCCUCAGCCAGGGAUAUCAGUGCAGCUGACUCCACCGUCACAAUAACAAACAGUGCCACAGAAACUCAGCCGCUAGACGUGGAGCAAGAGUCAGCUGCUGGAGCUGAAUGUAGUUCUGCGGGUGAUGCAGGGAAUCGUCCCCAGACAGAUUAAUGCCAGUGACAUUCUGAGUUUACAUGUUCAGUUUUACAGAAACGCCUGAAUUUGAGGCAAAUCAAGACAAAGACUACUGUUGUAACACCCACAUGUAUUUUCAGUGUUUUAUAAAUAAAGAAGAGAUUUGUUUUAAAUGCGAUUUUGAUUUGGAAUUAAAACAUUUGUAUUAGGAAUAUUUGCAUUUGUGAUUUUGGAAAUGUAUUAAAUUCAAACUCCACUAUGCAAGCAAGUUAACAGUCACUAAUUUUCAAAGUUGUCGCAAAUAAAUAAAAAAGGAUAAUAAAAGUGUC